AGUCUGCUAUGCUGUGAGCAGGUCGGCAGGCUCUUAGAUUAUAUCUCUCAAAACAGCUACAUUUUAACCGUAUCCGCAGCGCCAGAGCCUGGCAUUGCACCCGAGACCCCGCGGUUUACUGACGGAACGCUGUCGGUGCAUUUCGUGGGCUAGAAAUGAGUCCUACAGACGCCAAACGCGGAGCGAAGCGCAGGAAGAAUAAGCGGGGCGGCGGCGCAGGGAAGGCCGGAGCUCCGCCAACACCCUCCAGCAGCAGUGCACACGGAGACCCGAGCACUAUCCCCAGCCUCAACGGAGAGGUCCCAGUGAAUGGCGCUCCUCAGUUUUCAGAAGGCCCAGUGAACGCUGACUUCUCAGGAGUCCUUCAGACCCCGUUUACUUUUGGAGUGAACCAGAGGGCCCCAUACACCACCGGUGACCGUUGCCUGCUGUGUCGUAGUGAACGCAAAGACACCCUCUCCAGGACAUGGGAGGAUCCAGUCAAAAUGGCAUAUCCCAGUCAUCCAAAUCUUCCAGUUCCCUUCAGUUGCCUCUUUAUGUCUGCUCCGACUGCAAACGCACGGUGGAAAAGGAUGAUCGGCAGCCGCCCCUCGACCAGUCUCUGUUGAAUCAGGAUUUCUUAUUGCACAUGCCGAUGGGUAAUGGCAGUCUGUCCCAGGAGCCAUUAGGGGUCGGAGGGAGACUGACAGUUGGUGCUCCUACUCUGCCUGCCCCAGAUCUCAGCGCUCCUAUUUCCGUAGACACCGUUUGUAGUUGUGAGGCCUGUUAUGAGCGGAGGGAGAUCACGGCAGAGUCUGAGCGGGAGUCACAACAGCUGCAGAAUCACUGGUCUGAGGUCAGAUACCUGGUCCGCUGCAUUUACCGUCAGACUGGGACUCCACUGGCUGACGAUCAAGAUCAGCCUCUCGACCGGGACAAAGAGAGCAUGAAGGAACUCGUUGACAGGCUUUGUGAGAAGGAUCCCUACCAGUUGUACCAGCGUCUGGAACAGCAGGCAAGAGAGUACGUCUUAGAGAUGAAGGUGCGGCUACUCAAACACCUGUCCACAGGCUCAAAGGCUCCUGGUGCAGCGGCUCAAGGGCCCCCACAGGCCCACCAGUUCAUCUCACUGUUGCUAGAAGAAUACAACGCACUCUGCCAGGCAGCCCGCACCAUCAGCAGCUUCCUGCUCACCCUGGAGAAUGAGCAUUUGCAAAAGUUCCAAGUGACGUGGGAGCUGCACAAUAAGCACCUUUUUGAGAACUUGGUGUUCUCUGAACCCAUCCUGCACAACAGUCUACCUGCCUUAGUGGCCCAGCUCAGGCAGGGCACAACAUCCCACGAUUCAUACAGUGAGGAUAUGUACCGUGCACUGCUGGAGAGAUAUCAUCAGCUGGACCAGGAGAUGAGCGCGGUGGCUCUCGAAUGGCUGGAGUGCGAGAAGAGGAUUGACGAUUAUGUUGAUGAACAGUUGCUUUUUAAGGUUGAAGGUCAGAAUCUCACAAAUCAAAGGACAGAACCACAUAAGUCUUUAAUUAAUAGAAAUAUGUCUUUAAGAACUAAGCAGCGAAUGCUUAAAGAAGAUGCAGAGAUCUUCAAACAGAAAAGGUUUUUUGAAGAGCAGUUCCAACCAAACAGUAAAAAAUCUCUGGGUGGUGACAGCAAGUUCACAGACACAGUGAAACAGAUGUUGUCCUCUAGGUUGAGUAUUCCAGACUGCCCCAACUGCAACUACAGACGGAGAUGUACCUGUGAUGACUGCAGCCUGUCUCAUAUUCUCACCUGUGGCAUUAUGGAUGCUCCAAUGGCAGAGGAUCUCCAUCUGAAGCUGCAGGGCGAGCCACCGCGGGACUACAUGUCCGAGGUCCAUCCCCCCAGUAUGUCAUCAGGCAGCUCGGGGUCCGGCUCGGCCCCAGGCUCCCCCAUCACCAUCCAGCAGCACCCUCGCCUCAUCCUCCCACAGGAUGGUACCACUGCAUACGAUGAUGAAGUGCCUCCGUUGUCUGCCAUCUACCCUCUGAGCGGGUAUGAAGACCCUGCGGUGGUGGCCAGCAUUAAUGGCAUUCACAGCCAGCUCAGCGGAGGAGAGGAGAGCUUGAUCCUUAAAGAUAAAUCUUCACGGGGGAGCAGCAGCAGUAGUAGCUCUUCUGAAGGUGAUGAGGAGGAGAGGCAAAGCGGUGGAGAGCCUCUAGGUCAUAAGGAGGUGCUCUCUGGAGGGAAACAUGACUGUCCGCCUCCGUCAUACCCUCAUACACAGGUGGACCACGUACAGCAUCCAUGCGAGUGUCAUGUGUGUAAUCAGGGCACUAUGGAUGGUAGCACCUCCAGCCUGAGCUCCACCUGUCUGCCCACCAGUAGGCUGCAUGCAGGGGGUCACCAAUUCUUCUCAGAGAAGACAGCCACCCACCCUGCCCUCCACCUCUACCCUCACAUCCAUGGCCAUCUCCCCUUACACAACCUCUCGCACCUGCCCAGACCACUGCUGCCCACCCUCUACUCCACCCCUCCACUCACUCACAGCAAGACUCUCCCUCCUACUCCCACGUCCAGUCACACAGGCGGAAAGCAACAGGCGUUCAAUCCAACCUUACCAGAGCACGUGUACCAGAGCUGCUUUAGCACGGCAGGGGACUGGAACGGCUCUUUACCGUGUCCUUCCCUCAAGCUAGAGAACCUCUGGGACACGCACAUGAUGAAGAACUGGAACCCUUCUGUGCUGCUCCAAGAGCCGCUGCCUGGUGACAUGCUGGGUCCUCCCCUUCCCGACGUGCCCUUACUUUCCUCUAGUUUAGACCCAAGUGUCAACCCCCACCCUUCCCCAGAUGGCAAAGAGAAGAAAAAUGGCGCCAAGAAAAAGUGUCUCUUCAACUACCAAGAUGCCUUUAUGGAGACCAGUGAAGUGGUGAUGGCCACUUCCUCUGCCACCUCCUCUGUCUCCAGUACCGCCACCACUGUCCAGUCAAAUGAAGUUUUCCAUAAUUUAGGUAAAGAGGACCAUAGACAUCCCACUCCUAUUGCUCCUAGGAAUAGUCCCACCAGCGUCUCAUCUCUCCCCCCACUCAACCCAGCCUCACACGCUUCUUCCCCAAACACACUACCCAGUAUAGUGCCUCCAGGCUUCAUGGAUGAGCAGCAGGCCAGUGGUGCAAAUAGUGUAUGCAGUGAUCCAGAGUGUGAGGGUCAUCGGUGUGAAGGGAAUGGAGGAUACGAGCACCAGCCAUAUGAAGGAGAGGAGAGCCAAGACGAGGACAGCAGCUCAGAGCAUAGCUCAUCCACCUCCACCUCCACCAAUCAGAAGGAAGGAAAGUACUGCGACUGCUGCUACUGUGAAUUCUUCGGUCAUGGAGGGCCUCCCGCGGCACCAACCAGUAGGAACUAUGCAGAGAUGCGGGAGAAGUUGCGGCUCAGGUUGACUAAGCGGAAGGAGGAACAACAGCCCAAGAAGGAAGAAUUGCUGCUAGAGCGGGACGGGGUGGAGGACCAUCGCAAGGUAGAAGACCUGCUACAAUUCAUCAACAGCGCAGACAACAAACAACAAGGCAGCAGCUCCAAAGCAGCCAAACGUGCCCGUCACAAACAGAAGAAGAUGGAAGAAAAAGCUCGUCUAGAGGCAGAGGCUCGGGAACUGGAGGAACAGCAGCAGCUUCUUAAAGAACAGAGGCGGCGGCAGCAGGAGGAGGAGGCGGCACUGAAGCAGGAGCUGCUCCAUCUGCAGGAAAUGCAGCAGUUGCGGGCAUCUAAGAAGAAAAAGAAAGAGAGUAAAGUCAAGGAGCUGCUCACCAAGUCUGAAAACCAUUCUCUCGUUCCUACAAUCAACAGCCCUCAGCCUCUACAGCAGACAGCUCAGAGCGUUUUAGAAAAGAACAUGCAGAACGGCAAAACGCAGCUACUGCACAGCCUCAUCCGCCUCAGUCCUAGAGAGCAUUGUCUAGAACCCCAAUCCCUAAUCAGUGGGAAGAACGCCUCAUCGCAACAGCCAUGCCCAAAGACUUGUAAAGAGAGGCCUUCAGAGUGUCCUGCUCUCUAUAACGGCACCUCCUUCCACCCAGAGUCAGCCCACACCAAGGUGAAACCCAAACAGCAAGCAAAUGGCUCCAAAACCAACGGGGAAGCCACAAAGAGGCCAGCGGAGACCUCCAAAGCUCCAGAACCUCCCAAAGCUGGGAAUGUGGCCAGCCCUCAAACUGACGCCAAAGCCAAGCAGAGAACAUCAGAGGAGUCGGUGACCGAGAUCAAGCGGGAAGAGAGGACUAGUGGGAAGAAGCCACAGAAUGGAGGAAAAGACGAGAGGAACUCUCCUGUUAUUGAAUCUCCAGCUUCAGACUCUUCUCAGCAGAAUGGCAAAGUCCCAAGCAACGAGUCGCCUCAAUCUAAAAGCAAAGCCAAGAAGAAUAAGAAGAAAAAAGGAGAUAAGAUGAAUAACUCAAUAGAUGAUGUAUUUCUGCCCAAAGACAUCGAUUUGGACAGCGUAGAUAUGGACGAGACUGAACGUGAGGUGGAAUAUUUCAAAAGGUUUUGCUUGGACUCGGCGCGACAAACAAGGCAGAGAUUGUCCAUCAACUGGUCCAAUUUUAGCUUGAAGAAGGCCACGUUUGCUGCCCACUAAUGGGUCUUCCUUUCAAGAGACAAUGGCAGGAAUUGAUCAGCGUUCCUCCGGUUUCUUCUCGCCCUCUCCCGUGUUUCUACAGACUGACUGCUGACCCCCAGUGCUGCUACGCUUCAAACGCUCCUCCGGUCUACAUUAUCCAUGCCGCCUUGCCUUGUCCUUGUUGCUGUGGGUUCCACAAGGAACCAAAACGGUCUUAUAUUCCUGCAGUACUUCUGGAGAGAAAACAAAAAGAGCAAAGUCUGGGGAAAAAAAAGAAUCAACCACAAAAUGCUACUCUAUAAGUUUAUCCCUAUUAUUUUGGUUUCCCUUUUCUUCUUUUAAAAAGCAUGUGUGCUUUUUUGUCAGUGAGUGGGCCGUCUCCCUUUGGUCUGUGUGCCAUGUUCUGGGUUUUCUCUGGCUUUAUGUACAUUAGGAUGAAGGCACUUCAAAAGACAUGCCUAAUGAAAAAAGAUGAAUAUGGAGAAAAAAAGAGAUGCUUUUAUUCAAAUCAACUGUGGCUUUGCUCACCUUUGCACCUAGCACUGCACUUCCUCACAACCCAUUGUCAAGAAAGUCGGACCGGUCAGCCUCGCGUCAAUACCCCCCUACCUCUCCCUUCAUUGGGAGAACUGCUAAUACUUGACAAUGUUCACGUCGAUUUUUCAGUUCCAUUUAAAAUUGUUCAGUGUAACAACUCCGUUCAAGUUACAAACUUAUUUUAUUUUAUUUUUUUUGUUUGUUUUUUUUUUUUUUUUCAACUUGUACCAAGCUUGUAUCAGAAAACUUUCGGAAUUGAAUCGAAAAAGAACAAUACUCACACUAUCGAUCUGUUAUAGAGUGUAUAUUGUAUUAACACUGAAGCCGGACUGGCUACUUUUUAACAUAUUGUUAAGUAAUAUUAAAAUCUUGUCUUUCUUUUUGAAAGAUGGAAUACAGUAGAGUGGCAGGACA